AUGGUUGUCAUGAAAUGCAAGUCAAAGAACAUUUCUUCCAUAUAUCAACACUGCAGGUUUCAUCCAGAUGGAGUUCAUGAUUUAGACUGUUUUGGUAAAUAUAGUUCACUUAGCAAAAAAACCUGGACCUGUGAGUGGAAACCUGGAAACCACUCAGUAAAACAGACAUACACACUCAUCGUACGACAAGAAAAGACAAAUAGUUGUAAAGAAUACAAAAAUGUGACUGGAAUCUCAUCAGAGGUCAUAUUAUAUGAAAGACUCAACAUGAUCGCAGAGGUUUUUGAAAACAGCGAGUCAACAAACUGCACCAAAGCUCUGUUUAGAGGCUCACCAUUGACCCUGUUGAGAUGUGGUCCUCCAUAUAAUGCAACCUUCAGCCGCCACUCUGGACGACUGUAUGUGAACGUGAGCUGGCAAAAGGAUUACUUCAUUGACAAUUACUCUGUGAGAUAUAAAGCAAUGGGCAGCCUGUUAUGGAGCAAGUCGUCGAUUAAUUGCACAAAGGCAGAGAGAUGUACAGUGGAGAAUCUGAACACCUCACAAGUCUAUGUUGUACAGAUACAGUGUGUCACUAAUGCAAAGUGCUUACAGUGCCCAUGGAGUGACACCUACACUGUCUCAUCAGAGCUGACGACACAGCCUCUCAUCAUCAAUCUUAAAGAAGACAUAGCAGAGGGAAAAGGUCACCGGCUGCUCUCUCUAACAUGGAAGUUUGCUGAAAAUGAGCAGCACAACGGCUACCUUGUGACCAUCUGGAAAGCAUCAGGAGAGGCCACCACUCAGCAGAUGAUGACUACUCGACCUGAGAUCAGACUGACUCUCUCUUAUUCAGCUUACCAUCUCAACAUCAGCGCCUUCAACAAUGCCAGUGUUUCCCCUGCCGUAAACCACACAAUACCACAGAAAGAAGGCACGCACAAUCUAGAAGCAGGGAAGCUGAACGUGACGGUCCACGAUAAUACAACAUUUACUAUCUACUGGAAAGAUGACCUCAUUAAAAAGUAUGUCUGCUAUUGUGUGGAGUGGAAGACAAAGGAGCAUGAAACAGCAGCAUACAUGUCCUUUUAUCAGGAUGCAGAGAACCAAAGGAUCCUAUCUGGUUUAACAGAGCCUUUGGAGCCUUACAAGAGAUACAGCAUCACCCUCCAUAUACGAUCAAACAAGGACACCUGCAACAUAAAGUAUAUAAACAACAGUGAGAGCACCUAUGGGACUACGCAGUUCUAUUUCAUUGAAGGAUCACCUGUCAAGGCUCCCACAAACAUCAGUAGCUACAGUGUGAUGCUGGAUUCAGUCGGGCUGCAGUGGUCGACCAUCCCAGAGGAAGACAUCAGAGGUUUCCUGCUGGGUUACAUAAUCCACUACAUUGAGUAUCAAUACAGGGAAACUCAUCUAGAGAAAAAUAUCACAGUGGAUCCAGAGUUUAACAGCUAUAAACUGGAAGAUCUUAAAAGCGGCACAGCGUACCAGGCCCAGAUAUCAGCGUUCACCCAGGCAGGAGCUGGAGGACGAAGCGCAGCAAUCGUCUUUAGAACAAAUCAUCAAGAUUUUAGUCUCGGUAGUUUUAUCACAGUCUUUGCAGUUUUGGUCACUGUGCUGAUAUUUGGAACGCCGAUAAUAAAAAGGACAAAACAUAUUCUGUGGCCAAGCAUACCUAACCCUGGAAACAGCAACACAAUGCAGAAAAUAGAUGGGCCCUUUGAGCUGGAAGUCCUAGAGGCCAUCAACAUCCUGAAGGUGGAAGAAGGGGACACGGACAGUCUUCAUGUAGUUGAGAAAGAAGCUGUGAUCCCCGAAAGCACAUUACAAUCAACGUUACCUCUUCUCCAUCACUGUGAGGAUGAGGAAGAAUUACCAGAAAUGACUUUAGAUGACUGGAUCCAAAGAGACAAUGAUGACGACACUGGAGAUGACAUACCUCGCGUUCCUGCAGACACGCUCUCGGAAACACAGCGGACAAACCUCCAAAGUUCACCUUUUGCCUUUUCAAGUGAAUAUACAACAAUGGAACUGUUUCAGCAGGCGAUGCCUCAGGGUACGCCGGCGAAUACAUCAGUUACUGAGGACAUGGAAAGCGAGCCAGAAGACAUAGACUUCACUGUGGUGAGGUCAGACUUGGACUAUGUGCGUCAAUUCAGUACCAGUCCUGUAGAAGACUGGAAUGUUACUGAUGAGGUAAUAACGGUUUUUUGA